GGUACCUCUGGUCCUCUGAAGGCAUUGAACCAUUAUUCCUCCCCAUUGAGACAUGCACGUUCCCGAGACUGCUUGUCGUUAUCAAUGGCUCUACAUCCGACUGGAUUCUUGCAUCUCUUCCUGUCCCCCACGCUGCGUCGUUGUUUUCUACCAGCUAUUCAUCUGGAUUUGAAAUCAAUUGCAACCCGUUGUGCUGCUUUGGAGGACUUGUCCGUCAAGGUCUCUUAUCCUUAUCAAAGCACAGCGGAUGAGCUGUCUCUACUGUCUGACAGUGUCCGUUUGUGCAAGCGGCUUGUAACUCUGUCUUGUCCACCUCUUGACUGGGCAGCAUGGGAGCACCUCUCAAACCUCCCUACCCUUCGCACAGUGACGAUUUGUGGCGAAGUUCUUUCCCCAUUGGACAGGGAUAAUUUCAUUUUCGCAUUUUCCCUCAACGUCACGACUCUUUCUUUCCAUGUAAACACGGCUUCAUAUGUUACCUCACUCAUGCAACACGUAGAAUUCCCCUCGCUGAAAGAGUUCAAGAUGGUCCUGCGUAGUUUGCCUUGGGCAGAUGCUGAGCAGCUUUUUCGUGCACUAUUACAGUGCAAAGCAACCCUUGAACACAUUGACAUUUUAUCCCGUGAUCAAGGAGUUCGGGAGCCCUCAUGUGGCUCUUUAACAGCAAUUACACAAUUCCUUUGUUUCAUGCAGCUCCGAACCCUGCGACUCGCUUUUCCUCAUUCCUGCAUCGACCUUGACAACGACCUUCUUUUGGAAGCCAUGUCAAGUUGGUCAAACAUCCGCGAUCUGAAAUUAGAGGACCCAAAUCUUCGUUCAGCUACUAUUACAUUCCGCGGAUUGUCCACAGCCCUCCGUCAAUGCCCCCACUUGCAUACUCUGCACAUACUAAUGGAUGCUGUGAACAUCGAUAUUGAUCCUAAAGUCGAGUCAUUUCAUCACACAUCCCUGCAAACAUUGGAUGUACGCUCCUCUCACGUAGCGGAUAGCGAAGCCGUCGCCCAUAUCAUCUUCUCUAUGCUUCCUUGCGUCGACAACGUUAUUUACGGCUACAGUGGACGCUACAUCCGGUACGCGUGGCACGAUGUCAACAGGCGUCUCGAAUCUCUCAAAUCUUCUGCGGUCAUCGGCCGACAUACCACCGGAGCAGCCGCAUAGACCUGAGCUCAGGAUAUGUACAUGUUUGGGCAAUCGUUCUGGAGCUGUUAUCGCAUAU